AUGAACAGCCGCCGGGGACAGGGGCCCGCUGUCGCCAAUAAACGUCGCACCUUCGACAAAGGGAAGGUGUCGGCAUCAAAGGAAAAUGAUUUUUCCAGAAUGUUGACUCCAGAAGCGGUCAUAUCAGACACAGAUACUUCCAGAUCGCUUGCAGUCUUUCAAGCAAAAUCCAUUUCCAGGAAAAAAUCUGAAUUGGGCAACGAACUUGGUAACAUUACAGAAAGACUGGCUAAGACUUUGGAUGAAUUUGAGGAAUUAUACGAUUCUUCCCCCCAGAGUCCUUCAUUUGCUAACCUGACAGCCAAUGUAGAUGCCAUGGAGUCCAGUGAGUUCAAAUAUAAAAUGAAUAGUUUUCUCAAUCGCUACAAAUCAUUGAGUGAACAAAUGGAGGAAGCAAAUGCCGAUCGAAGUGGGAUCAUAGAUUCACUAUCACAGAUUAUUGAAGAUUCCGACGUGUUAAGCAAUGUGUCGUUUGACGAGAUUGGUCAUAUGACGGACGAGGGAGUCAGGUCGAAAGCUGAACUCCAGAAGUUAGUCAUUGCUAAAUUCAAAUCCAUACAUAUAGCCCAUAAACGUAAAGACGCAUUAAGUAAACAUCGAAAACUACACUGGAAAUAUGCCGCUAACGAAAUCGUUGAACUACUAAAGCAUGUGCGCAGUGAAGGCGUGGGAGAAUUAGCGAAGUUGGAAGAAAAACUGAAGUCUAUUCAUUCACACCUAGAGAAGCAAAGUGAAUUCUCAGAUAGUAUGGAGACACAGUUAAUGCAAGAGAAAGCGGUGUGCGCCAAAUUAGGAUCAGAAAAUGCUAUGCUAAGCAAUGAGAUCCAAUUUGGUCAAGAAGAAGCUGAGAAAUAUAGGGACUACAUUAUUAGACUGAAGAAGAAAUGUCGACAGUUAGAAAAUACAAGAGUAACUCCUGUUCCUGGUGAAUCUGAUGGUAGCAGUGGGGUAGUACAAACCAGUCUUCACAAUAACUAUGAUCCGAAUGAGGGAAAAGAUUCGUUUGUUUUAAAAACUCAGUUAAGAGACUUGAGGCAGCGAUGUGAUAACAUUGAAAGUGAAAAUAGUAGUCUCAAGGCCGCGACUCAAGAACUUGAAAAUGAUUUAGAGGAAAAGGAAAUCACAAUUCGUGGUUUGGAAUCGCAUUUGGAUGAUAUGAGGGAUAAGGUACGGAAGUCAGAACGAGAUUUAAAGAAACUGCAAGACACGUUGGAUUCCAGGCCUAAGUCUGAAAAUCCUGAAGGGAAACCCAACCAUUACUGCACACAUUGUAACUGUCAUCUCCACUAUAGGGUUAACGUAUCUAAUAAAUUGGCUGUGUUACAUAAACACGUCACAACACACAUGGAACAAGUAGGAGAUGAGACAAAUGCUGCCGAGAGAGCUCAACAAUUACAGUCAGCGCUAGGUAACCCGGCCGGUGACCCCAAAAAUGACGUAGCACUCCUCGUUGACCUGAGUAAGAAAUUGAAAAGAGAUCUUGAAGAAACGGAGAGUAAAUUGAGUGAAGCUUAUAAAGAGAUUGAUAGGUUAAAAAAAGACCAAGACGAGCUGUGUGGAGAACUGGAUAAGACAAAGACAAUUAUAAGACAGCACGAACGAACCAAAAUGGGUUCUAUAACUGUUAAAGACUUGCAAAAACAGAAGAAGAAUGCCACUAAUAAACAGCAGAAAUCAUCAGAGAGUGGUAAGGGAAAAAUGGCGAGUGUAGUUGAGAAUGUGAUAGAACUAACCAAGCAAGCGGAUGGUAGAAAUCUGUACGUAGAUCCUUUUGCCUCUGAUGAGGAAAAUGAAGAUACAUCAGAUACAUCGGUACACAGAUCACCUAGUGGAGAAAAGGCACGACAUUUGAAGCGAAUGAGACAAGUUCCAGUACCGAACUCUAACCAGACCAUGACAGUAGUAGAUGAUAUAUUUGUGAUUAACAAGAAUGUUCAGACGGAUCCUUUUAAACUGGAACAGAACAGAAGUUCAUCGGCUGAUAGGCAGCCGUGGAAACCUAUGAUUGACAUGAAGUCAAUUGGUAUAGCAAUGGAAGAUGGUAUCAAUCCUAAAAAAAUGGGAGACAUUGUACAACGUACCACAGAUGUCGUUCAGAAAGAGUAUGAGAAGAUCAUGACAGGAUUUAAUGGAUUUGUGAAGUAUACCAGUGAUUUAUUGAACGAAGAAUCGAAUAUGAUGCAAUCAGCUAAUGAAAAUAUAAGAUCUAAACUGUCAGUCGGUACUGUCAAAGACAUCAAAAGUGGUGUGAAGAAACAGUUGAAUGCUGAUCAGAAUAUUGGAAAUGGGCAAGUUUCAAACCAAACAAAUGCCGAACCACAGCCAACGGUUAGAGGAAACUUUUCCCUUGUUAAAAACAACAGAAGGUCAAAGUACCAUCAGCAUGGAGCAUUUUCAAGUUAUACUUCUGGACAACGGAAAUUGCCAAGUUCACAAGGAAUGCCUCACAGCAGACAAGAUUACAACCAAGUUCCUGGUCAACAAAGUCAAGGUUUCGAUUGGAAAGACAAUUUAUCAAUGAUGGGCUUACAUAUAUCUGAUAUAUUAGAAGAUACUGUUGGUUUAUUCAAGAAUGGUCUCAAACAACAGGAAUUUGAUUAUUCCAUGUUACAUGAUGCUUUAGAGAAAAAGAAGAGGAGACAGCAAGAUACAGGAGUUGUGAAAAAAAUCAUGAAAAAGCCUGUCCAGGAUCGUUACGUCAAAUUACCGAAUCUGAAGCCUGUGAAUGUAGUGAGUCGUAGUUUUGGUGACUCGGUUUCUGUAGAUGGUUCUAAAUCAGACUCCUCUGAGAUAAAUCUACAUUUGCCAGCAUUGUUGGUGCACGAUGGACAGAAGAUUACCAAUAAAGGGGAAUUCAAGGUUGCCAAGACAACUAUACCAACUAGAGGUUUGAUAAGACUAGAAUCGGAAAAUACAGCCACGUCACCUCAAAUGAACACACUUAAAGAACACACCAAGAAACGUAGCCGGCCAACACCGAUAUCGCAUGAGAAGUUACAGGGCAAACAGCAACAGGUGCUUGGUAAAACUGGAUAUGAUGAUAAUGAUAUAGCCACUGUCAAUGUGUUGCAGAAAAAAAUAUUGAAGUUUGAAGAUUACGAUGCAUCCAAUAAGCUGCACAACAUCAACUUCCGCAUUCAUGAUUCGAAGCAAAUGAAGGAAUCUUCAAACAGGAAGAUGACAUUAGCACGGUUAUCCAACAAAUCGAUUUUACGACCGGUAACUGAUGGCUACAAGGAGUAA